GAAUCUCUUAAAGUCUGUGCUCUUCCAUUCAUUAGCAUUUUGCCCCAAGGGCGAUCUGAGGACGUUAGUAAUAUAGAAGUUGUGCAGUUCCGAUACAAAAAAUGCUUUCAAGAUUUCGUGUGGUCGAAGUAGGUCCCCCAAUUGAAGUCUUUGCUGUGAACGAACAGUAUUUAAAAGACACUUUCGACCAAAAAGUAAAUUUAAGUGUUGGAGCUUACAGGACCGAUGAGGGAAAGCCGUGGGUUUUGCCUGUAGUGCGCAAGACCGAGAAACAGCUGGCUGAUGACGAGGCCCUGAAUCAUGAAUACCUGCCUGUUCUUGGUUUGCAAGCAUGUAGCUCUGCAGCCACUAGAAUGCUGCUGGGUGCUGAAUCACGUGCACUGCUGGAAGGGCUGGCAUUUGGUGUUCAGACUCUCAGUGGCACAGGCGCCUUAAGAGUUGGUGCCGAAUUUCUUCAUCGACAGCUCAAGUACACAACUUUCUAUUACUCAUCACCAACAUGGGAGAACCACCACCUAGUCUUCACAAAUGCUGGCUUCGCGGAACCGCGUCAGUAUCGCUAUUGGAAUUCAGAGACCCGUUCAUUGGACCUGGACGGUUUCCUAGAAGAUUUACGUGCAGCGCCUAAAGACUCUGUCAUCAUCCUGCACGCAUGUGCGCACAAUCCAACAGGCUGUGACCCAACUAGCGAACAGUGGACCCAGAUAGCCGACGUCAUAGAAGAAAAGCAGCUUUUCCCGUUCUUCGACUCUGCGUAUCAAGGUUUCGCUUCUGGGGAUCUUGAAAAGGAUGCCUGGGCAGUACGUUACUUCGCCGACAGAGGCUUUGAGUUCGUCUGUGCUCAGUCUUUUGCCAAGAAUUUUGGUCUCUACAAUGAACGUGUCGGUAAUCUGACGGUGGUCGUGAAUAACGCUGUCCAUUUGCAACCAAUGAAGUCUCAGCUUACUCUUAUUGUAAGAGGAAUGUAUUCAAAUCCUCCAAAUCACGGAGGAAGAAUCGUGGCCACCGUUCUGAAUAACCCGCAGCUGUUCGAAGAAUGGAAGGAGAGUGUUCGUACUAUGGCGAAAAGAAUUCUGGACAUGAGAAAAGGACUUAAAGAACGUCUAGAAAAGCUGGGUACACCUGGUACAUGGGACCACAUUGUGACCCAAAUAGGAAUGUUUUCCUACACCGGACUUUCACCUCAACAAGUGAAGCAUCUGACGGAGAAAUACCAUAUCUACUUACUCAAGAGUGGGCGUAUCAAUAUGUGUGGUCUGACCACUAAAAACAUUGAUUACGUAGCCAAAGCUAUUCACGAAACUGUUCUAGACGUCCCUGGCGACAGCAUCAACAAAAUAUAAACCUGGAAACUGAUAUUAGUGCAACGAUUCUUCCUCGGUAUUUUUGCAAGUUAUAACGAGGAAUUGUUUUCAUUUAAGGGGCUAGAAUGAUUUUCUCUAAUACUGAGUGCUGUGUGCGCUUACAGUAACCUUUGGGGCACGUUAAAACGUAAUUAGAUUUUGACUUCUUCUUCUUCUAUGGCUCUCCGGUCCGUGGCCUCCUCAAUUCUCCUCUUCCAUUCGGUCCUCUGUUAGGUCCGUCUGUGUGAGACUUUGAUGGAGGUUUCUAAACUUCUUCCUUCUUGAUUUUGACUAUGGGUACAUAAAAGGGAAAAUUCAUGUGUUUAUAAUAUAAUGAGUUCAAGAGAAUUUUUAGGGAUUCUGUAAAGAUUUUCGACGGCCGUAGAUUCGCUGUGCCGCAUUUAUGUUUAUCGUUGAACAAUAUUUUUUUUUUUUUAGCUGCAGUGGCUAGCAUACAAGUUUAGCGUUGAAAAUAAAUUUUGAAAAAUCUCAUUGUAAUGACAGUCACACGGACUUUGAAGAUAUGAAAUCCCUUAUUUUAUUUUUAAAUUAUUAAUAUAUCUUGAUGAAAAUUUUCUUAAAUUAAAACUUGCAGUUUGGUUCAGUCAGUAAUGCUUCUGACUUGUGUUCGCGAAGUGCCACGGCCAGGACACCGACUAUACGAACAUAUACCGUGGUUUUCCAUAGCCGUUCGAACUAAAUUCCACGCUCGUACCGAAACAGACCUUAGCACUUCCUUCCCGAUUAUUUGAAUGUCACUGAAGAUGGUCACGUCCUCACGCCAUUCAACACAAAAUAGACUCCUGUCAUACAGCGUCAUUAAAUAACCUGUGAUCCAUUCGUUUAGACCAAGGGUUCUCGACCAUUUCCAGAUCUGGUACCAAAAUUAACCUUUUGAUCCGUGAGCCGCCACGGAAAAUUUAUUAAAAAUUCUGUUAUGUCAUGCGCAGACACGCAGUCGACAGAGGCCUGUUAUUCGCUAUUUUCCUUUAACUGUUAAUCGGUCCGUGAUACAUCUGACACUGCUUUUGCUUUUGUAAUCAAUAUCAGGUUUCAUUUUUAUUUCUGCAAUUUGCAUUCCUCCGAGCAUUCAUCAGUAACAAACAUUCCAGUUCCUGAUUUGACAUUCAUUAAGCCGAACGAUCGUCCAAAGGUGGUGACUUGUGGUCGAAUAGUGAUAACAUUCGUACGUCUUCUAAUGCCAGGUUUUACUGUUCGUUGUGCAGUCGCACGUUAUUAUAAAAAAUCAAAGUGGAUCAUGGGCUGAGAACUCCUGAUGUAGUCCAAGGACACAAAUGUUGUAAACGCUAUCAUCUCGGUUAACUUGCCAGAUGUGAGUUACGCCGCCCUGCGUUUAAUAAAUCAAAGCUGUAAACAGUUGGUGCUUAAGUCUUCGGGAAGGGCUUAAAGGUCUAGGAACUACCUCAAUCUGAAUGUCUGAAAGUUCUUUACGUAUCCUGAUGUCUCAAGGGUGUCCAGUUUGUUAUAAAAAUGAAGUUACCAUGGAAUUUGUACAGAAAUCCUGUUAGAUUUGUUUGUGCAUUUAAUGCAUUCAUUAUGUGUAUAUUCUAAGGGUAAUAAUUUGCUAAUGUAAUAUGCAUUAUUUGAUAUUAAGAAUAUUGUGAUAUGGCAAAUACUCCUUUUUCCACCUGAAAUAAAGUGAUUGUCAACUCUGA